AUGUUACUUGUUUUGCCAUUCUUCUGCUCCCCAGCCACCUCAGCCUUCAGCCCAGUACUGCCUCAGCCCAGUACUGCGCCAGCCCCAGUUCCCCAAGUAAUUCAGUCCCUCAGCCCCAGUACAGCACCAGCCCCAGUGCCACCCCAGUCCUCAGCUGAUGGGACUGCAGUUCCAGGAGUCCCUCAGUACAGUACAGCACCAGCCCACAGUGCACCAGCACAGUGCCAGCACCAUGCAGUGCCAGCCCACAGUGCCAGUUCAGCCCACCAGUGCCAGCCCCAGUGCCAGCCCCCAUGUGCCAGUCCCUCAGCCCCAGUACCAGUACAGUACCAUUCCCAACCCCAGUGCCGCGCCAGCCCCAGAAUCCCCAUGUGCUUCAGUCCCAGCCCACAUGCCAAUUUCCUUACAGUGCCACUUGCCACCCCAGUAUCCCAUAGUCCUCACCUAGUACCACCAGAGUCUAGUGCCGUCAGCCCCCAGUACCACCAUGCAAUAACCCCAUGUACAUCAGUUCCUCAGCUCCCAGUACCGUUCCAGCCCCAGUACCGCAGCAACCCAUGUACUUAA